AUGGCCGGUCGAGGGAGUGGCAGACAAGGUUCUAGCCAGAAUGGUGGGUGGGACUUCAGAUUCGGAUCCGGCACCUCGCCUGAUGAAACUUGGAGCUUCUACUGGAGCGCGGGUUCAGGCCCUGGUGGCAGCAGUACUUUCGGCUUUGGUUCUGGUGCAGGCAGGGGUACUAAUGGUGGUGGGUUUGGAUUUGGGUGGGGCAGCUCUACUUUAAGUGGUGGCAGCAGCGGCAGCUUCGGGUUUGGUGCUGGCGGCGGCAGUGGCUCUACUUUCAACGAUGGGGGUGCGAAUCUUAAUGGAUUCGGAUUUGGAAUCGGGCGUGGAGGUUUUGGGCACUCACCAAAUCAAUUCAGAUCUAAUGGAGUUGGCGACAAUAACAAUAUCAAUCCCAACAACAAUCAUGCUGCAGGCGGUAGAUCUACUACCGGUGGGAGACGGUAG